AGCCGCCGUGGCUCCUGCCCGCAGCCGCGGCAGGCCCCGAGGGCGCCGUGGGGGCCCGCGCACGCGGGCCCAGCGCUCGUGCGGAGCAGGGCGGGCCAGAUUCUGGAUGGGCCGUGGCGGCUGGGACAGGCAGGCUUGGUCAGACAAGCCAGCUUGGUCGCGGGAGGGAGAAAGCUGGCUGCGGGACCGGGACCGGGGCCGCCGGGAGCCCAGCUGCGACAGCGAGGAGGAGUCGAACAUCGAGUUCGACCUCGUGUGCGACAGGGUGCCAGUCGUCGGAUUGUACGAGUCCAACGAAUUCUACGAGCACGUGUCCAGCAUGCUGCAGGCGGCGGUGGGGAGCACCGGCAAGGCGGACUCGCUGUACGAGGCGUGCGGUGACAGGCGCGUAUUGUCCGCUUGCUCCGACCUCGGCCUCAGCGACCACGAGGUGCAGGUCGCGCGCCUGACGGAUCCUGGCCUUCGGCACAUCAAGGCCGCAGGGACAUCUGGGAGACAUUCGGUGAAGCUCGCCCUCGUGGUGGCAGUCGUGUUGGACGGUGCUCGGGAGCUCGGCGAGCUGUGGAGGGGCACGGCGACGGAUAUGCGGUACUACCACCUCGAGGAGGCGUUCGGCCUCCUCACGCGCUCCGCCCGAGAGAGCCUGGACGCCCAGAGGCACCACGAGCUCCCGGGGGGCCAGCGGCCCGACGAGCGCGCGGGGCGCCCGGGGCACGGCGAGCGCGCGGGCGGCCAGAGAUGCGGCGAGCGUGCGGGAGGCCAGCAGGUGCACGAGGAGCAGUACGACGACGACGGCGUGGAUCUCCGGUUCGUCAGUGGCCCCACGCCGGUCGUCGGGCUGCUCAAGUCGUCUCCGCUCCACGAGCACGCCUCCUGGCUGCUGCAGAUCGCCACCGGCGGCACGGGGAAGGCGGCCGCGCUCUACGAGUACGUGGACCGCGGCGACGACGCGGGGAUCUUGGGCGAGUGCCAUAGGCGCAGCGAAGAACGACGACGUGGGGCUGGUUCGCAUUAGGCAGAGGAACCUGCAGCACAUCAUGGCGGUGGGAACCUGCGGCAACAGGAGUAUCAUGCUCUCGGCGGCGCUCGCCCUCGUCCUCCGCGGGGAGGCCAGGGCCAGUGCGAUCCUCGAGCAGGCGAAGGAGUGCGACGUCGCACUCGAGAAGGUGCUCGGCAGACUCUUCGGCCGGCUGACCUCGCAGCAGGGCGGCUCGCAGUGGCGGGCAGCCAGAGGGGGCUCCAGGUCCCCCCUCGGUCACUCUCUCUUUCCUUCGCCAUCCUCCCC